GAGGAGGAGGAGGGGCCGAGCCGCCUUCCGCACGGCUGGGAAUGAUUUUCCACCUUUCCAUUCGUUAUGAAAUAUUUUUGAUACCUCGGAGAGGCAGCCCGGCGCCCCCGCCAUGGAUUCCUUUAAAGGUGGAAUGAAUUUGGAGAGACUGCCCGAGAGCUUGAGACCCCAACCCUCCCAUGACAUGGCUUCCAGCUUCCAUUUGCAAAGAUCCUCGGAGCCCAGAGACCCGAUCGAGAACUCGGCCAGUGAAUCCUCCGACACGGAGGUGCCAGAAAAAGAGAGAAGCGGAGAGCAGAAAAACGAGGACGGGGCCGCCGACGACCCGGCAAAGAAGAAGAAGCAGCGGAGACAGCGGACCCACUUCACCAGCCAGCAGCUGCAGGAACUCGAGGCCACUUUCCAGCGGAACCGCUACCCCGACAUGAGCAUGAGGGAGGAGAUCGCCGUGUGGACGAACCUCACCGAGCCCCGAGUCCGGGUUUGGUUCAAGAACCGCCGAGCCAAGUGGAGAAAGCGGGAGCGGAACCAGCAGAUGGACCUGUGCAAGAACGGCUACGUGCCGCAGUUCAGCGGGCUGAUGCAGCCCUACGACGACAUGUACGCCGGGUACCCCUACAACAACUGGGCCACCAAAAGCCUCACCCCGGCGCCGCUCUCCACCAAGAGCUUCACCUUCUUCAACUCCAUGAGCCCCCUCUCCUCGCAGUCCAUGUUCUCGGCUCCCAGCAGCAUCUCCUCCAUGAACAUGCCCUCCGGGAUGGGCCACUCGGCCGUGCCGGGCAUGGCCAACUCCGGCCUCAACAACAUCAACAACAUCAGCGGCUCCUCGCUCAACUCGGCCAUGUCGUCACCCGCUUGUCCCUAUGGGCCGCCGGGCUCUCCCUACAGCGUGUACCGGGACACUUGUAACUCGAGCUUGGCCAGCCUGAGACUCAAAGCCAAGCAGCACUCCAGCUUUGGUUACGCCAGUGUGCAGAGCCCCGGCUCCAGCCUAAACGCCUGUCAGUACAACAGUUGACGGACUUGACACGAACCACCUCCGACGAACAGCGCCGACAAAGC